AUGGCCUACUCCUACCUUAUCUGUCUUGUCACCAUUGCUUUCUUCAUAGCUCCAACUUGUGGUUUUCUUUUUGGAGGCGGAGGUGGAGGCGGCGGAGGAUGCUGCUGCGGUGGUGGCAGGAAAAAGAGAUCAGUCGAAGAGCAGAAAGAACUCCGUUUCCAAGCAGAGCAUAGCGACAAAUUGUGCAAUAACCCUGAACUUAAGCGAGUAAUCCGCAAGCACAUGAGCUCGGAUCCCACAACUUCAAAAGUCAACUUGGUGAACGCCUUGGUCGCCGAGGGUGAUCAUUUCUUCGUUGUUUGCGCCACUGGCGAAUCAACCUACUCAGCACCAAGAACAUCGACUUUCUGCUCACACACUUCCGAGAAUCAUACUUGCUAUGUAUUUGGUGUUUGA